AUGGCUUCCUCUUCCUCCUCCUCCUCAGAAGGCUCGACUUGUUCCUCCGACUCCAAUGCACCAUCAACUCCACCACCGAUACUGCAAUACCUCCCUUCUUCGACCCCGCGUUAUGUAUGCGCUGAUUGCGGUGCGCAUCUCGCUUUACAAGAUGAACUGAUCAGCAAAUCCUUCUCAGGUCGCGACGGAAAAGCAUACCUCUUUUCCUCUUCAAUCAACACCGCCCUCGGCAAUAAAGAAAAUCGUCACCUCCUCACAGGUAUGCAUACCGUUUGCGAUCUCAGUUGUAAAGGUUGUACACAAACUUUGGGUUGGUACUAUUGGAAGGCCUUUGAAAUUAGCCAGAAGUAUAAAGAGGGCAAGUGUAUUAUGGAAAAGGGCAGGUUGAGUAAGGUGAAUGCUUGGUAG